AUGGGCGGUGGCGGGCGAGCUUCCGGAGCCCUUUGCGCUCCAGCAAGCCCAUGCUGGAGGCCCGGAUGCCGUCAACGCACGACGGACGGGCUCUGCCGCACCCAUGCUGUUGCCAGCGCCGAUGCCGCCAUGGUGUGCACACGCAGCAGACUCAAGCAGACUCAGGCGGCGGAGAGGGAAGGUGGCCGGCGGGCUGCAGCACCGCCAGUGGACGGGCACUGUCUCAACUUCACGGCGCCAGCGAGGCCAUAUAGCGCGGCAUCGUCACUCCACGCGCGCCCCUUUGCCUCUCUGUUCUCCCGCCGCGUCUGCAUCUGUGCCGCCCGCCGUCGCUACAUGUCCCUAGCGCGGCCCGUCAGAGAGCAGCCAGCUUCCUCCCUUGACCGCAUUCCCGGCGGAGCACUGCGCGGCACUGCACCGCCAACAACGCCAUCCCGGCCGCACGACACGCUGCACCGAGCGCGGCGACUCCAGGCAGCAUUGGCAGCAGGCUGGGUGGUGCAGCGCCCCUGGAGAGUGAAGGCGUGCGCUGGGCAUCGACAUCGCGGCGAUCAGCCGGGAGCAGGUCUGGUAGCGAAGAUAUCUUGGGCGGAGACCACGACUCUGGAGCGUGCUGUGGCGUCGGCCGUUGAGCUACUGUGCCCUGCGACAGCCCUCCUGCUGCACCUCGAUCGUCUCGCCGCACUGGACGAGGCCUGCGGCGACGGCUCCACCUGCCCUGCGUCCCCCCGUUGGACCUCUCCCCUCGAGCGCCUCACUGGCCCUCUCUCUCCUCUCUCGCGGCCGCGUCUCUUCCGGCCGCUGUCGAGUCCCCAUCGGCCUCGUCGUUGCUCCACACUGCCGCGCCGACUGAUGCCUCCGCGGGAUCCAUCGUCUCGUCGCCCAUCGCUGUGCUGCUGA